AUGAGUAAAAAUGAAGCGUUUCACUUUGAUGAAUUUGUAGGACAGGUAUGUUCUAUGAGCGCAACUCUCCAAAAAACAGAAUUACAUAAAUUCUAUUCAUCAUUAGAUGGAGAAGAAGUGAAAAACGGAGCUACUUCUGAAAUAUGUGAUGAACAGGGAAAAGAAAAGUUACGUGGUCUUUGUCACCGUAUUGAGCGCAUAUUUAAUCAAUGGGAUAAAAUUUGUUCAUUCUCAGAACAAUACAAAGGAAAAUGUUGUGAUUAUGUUAAUUAUUGGUUGUAUGGUAAAAUAGCCCAAGAGAGAAUAACAUUUCCUGAUGUUGCUUGGAUUUACAAUAAAAUAAGUGAAAUUUUAUAUAAAAAUCAUUUAAAAAAUGAGGAUAAUAAAUAUUUGUGUAAAGAUGAAAUUAAAAUAGUCAUUUCUAAGGAUGAAUUAAAAAAUAAAAAACUAUUAUAUGAUUUUUUAGAAUACUAUGAUCAUAUAAAAGCUUUAUUAUCAACUUAUGCGGAAAAUAAAAAGUCAUAUUGUACAUAUAUAUCGUAUAUUUUCAGUUUAUAUAAGAAAUUAGAAGAAGAUAGAAAACAUGGAUUAUCACACAGAUAUAACAAUGAAUUAGAACUUUUUAGAAAAAAAAUUAAUGAUGAAAGUUCAUUAAUAUUAUUAAAAGAAAAGUGCAAUAUUUAUAGUUCUUAUUCUGAAAAACCAAAAAGUGCAGACGCCUCAAGCUCAUUACAGGGAAAUAAUGAAGAAAGUUACAUAAGACGAGAAAAAUCACCGGAUUAUGUAGAAUACACUGAUUAUUUAAAAAGUGAAUAUGAAAAUGUUAUCAAUGAUUUAACUCCUUCCGCAAUAUAUAAGGAAUUAAGCAAUGAUGUUAAUGAUGAUGUUAGAAAUGAUGGUUCUAAUCUGAAUGACCAGAAUUAUAUUUAUACGUAUUGUGAUAGUUUAAGUGGUGAUAUUAAAACUAUUUGUCAACAAAUGGUACGGAAUUUAAAAGGAUUAUCAGAUAUUAAUAAAUUAAAAGAAGAAAAUCAUAGGGACCGCUGUACAUAUUUAAAUUUUUGGAUAUAUGAUAAAUUAGGUAAAUCAUAUAAAAAUACGGAUAAAAAUAUUUUAGACAUAUCAGAAUUUUCUGAUAUUUUUGAUGCAAAUAUUAAAGUUAACAAUUACUUAAUAAAAGAAGAUUUUGAUAAAAAUUAUUAUUUAAAUGUUCAGCAACGUCCUCCAAGACAAAAUAAGACGCAUGCAAGUGCUCAGACCUCAGACAAUACUGCGAAAAGUGAAGUAUUAUCAGACAAUAAUGGAGCUCAUACAUUGCUAAAACCAAGAGAACCUAUAAAAUCAAAAAUAAAUGUAAAAACUAUAGAACCAGGGAAAAUCUCGAAACCUCUAAAAUCGCAUGAGCCUAAAGACGGUGAUGUAGAACCAAAUACAGGAAUACUAAAUUUUAACGAAAAAAAAACUCCAGAACCAUUUAAGCUAAUUAAUUAUGAAGCAUUAACCAAGUAUAAUCCUUGUUUUUUCAAUUAUAAUUGUAGAUUCAAUGAAUGUAGAGAGAUGAAACAUAUAUACGAAUAUUUUAAAAAUUAUGAUGAAAUUAAAAAUAAAAUUAUUUGUAAUAAUAUGAAUAAUAAUAAAUACAUGCCAUAUCUUAAAUAUAUUAGUUUGUUGCAUAAAAAUCACAAAGACGAAUGCUGUUCCUGGGGUGCAGAAUUAUGUCCCAGUUAUUUUUUAUAUUGUGACGAAUCAUAUGAUCCACAAAAGCUUUUAUCUGCGCUGGAAUCCAGAAAUGAAGAAAAGUGUAAGGAAAUAAUAGAAUCAAUUAAACAUAAUAGCUCUAAAUAUGUACAACAUGUUAAUCCUAAUUCAGAAGAAAAUAUGUUUAUUAAAUAUUUCACAUGCUCAAAAGUUACUAAUUCUAAUUUUGAAAAGAGUGGCUUAAGGUGCCAGCAACGAUGGCAUAUUCCACACAUAAAUAACCAACAUCAUUCCGGAAGAUCUAUAUAUAAAAAACAAAGCAAUGAAAAGGGAUUAGAUGGUAAAAAGAUAACAAUUAAUAGAAAAUCAGUAAAUGUAGUUCUAUUAACUGAUCCACAUGCAAAAAUAACCGGGCAAAACAUUACAGACACAUCAACAGUUAAAAAUGGUUAUACGCUGUUUCCAGAAGUACAGGGACUAGCUCGUCAAAGCUACAUCAAAGAAGCAGAAAUAGCCUGUACAAAUGGAGCAACAAAGCCAGGAAUGGAAGAGUAUUGUAAAACAUCGAGAGCAUACAACAACCAAGUAAAAUCAGAGAAAUUUCAAUCUAAAAAUAAUAUGCAAGGAAAUGGUGAGAAAAAUUGGGGUGAGAACAUUUUUCCUAUUGAUAUUUCAUCUGCAAAUUCAAUAUUACAAAAUCUUCCUUUUCGAAUCGGGGUAGUAAUCCUUAUAGCACUCGGUACAAUUUUCGUAUUCUUCCUUUAUUAUAAAUUUACUCCAUUUGGAUCAUGGUUACGUUAUAGAAUAAAAGGUGGAAGAAGAAAAAAAAAAUAUAUUCAUUAUAGAAAACCUAACGAAGAAUCAUCUAAUUCCUUUGAAGACUAUAUGCCUCAACAUCCUCCAAAGAAAAGAAUAAAUAUAGUUUACAAGAAUUCGUAG